AUGGAAGAGGAAGAUUGGUUUGAAAUUAAUAGAAAUGAUUUUAUCAAGGACGACUGUCUCUUUUCAUUACUUCCUUCGGAAGACUUACAACAUUAUGCUGAUUGCUGUAAUAGUUGCAGUAGAAAUUCGUGCUAUGAUGCUCAUUGCUUACUUCAGUCGAAUAAAACUGAAAUAACAUCUGAAUAUAGAGAUAUUCUUAUCAAUAAUGAUAAUGAUAUAAGUUUCGAUGGUUUACAUAUGCCAUUGGGAACACUGGAAGAGCAACUAAAUUUGGCUUCCAAUCUUUUUGAUGUUAAAAUUCAAUUAAACAAGAAUUAUCCAAAUGGUAUGUUUUUAAAAUUAUUAAAUAAUCUUUUGCAAAAAAAAAUUUAUACGAUACAUACGUGCAUACGUGAUUUCACGUAA